AUGGACCACGGGGGCGGCGGGAGGAGCAGCAGCCGGCUCCGGGACCGCCUGGCCCGGAUGUUCCGCCCGGGCUCGCUGCUCCGCUCCACCUGCAACACCACCGCCGGCGCGUCCUCCUGCGCCUCCUCGUCUCCCGCCGGCGCUGGAGGCGUAAGAGCCGCGUCCACGGCUAAGUCUCUGCCGCCGCCUCCCGCGGCGGCCUCCGCGUGCUCCUCCAGCCGCGCGCUGCUGGCCCCGGCCGCCGCCGCCGACAGAGACUCGUUCCUCGCCUCCUCGCGGCGCGACCUCGUCGGCCGCACCGAGUCCUUCUCCACCGCCGUCGACCGCCUCCACCACCGCCGCCGCUUCUCCGUCGACGCGCCGGCUCUGGCGGAGAGGAGCAGGGACAAGGAGGGGAAGGAGAAGAAGAGCCCGCGCGACGAGUACGGUAGUCACCACCGCCCGCUCGGCGGCGGCGGCGCCAAGAACGACAAGACGAUGAUCAGGAUGAAGCUGCUCUCCAACCCCUACGGCUUCAGCAGCUCCGACGACGAGGACGCCGACACCGACGUGCUCAGCAGCGACGCCGAGGACGACCUCGCAGGCCGCGGUGUUUGCAGCAGCAAGAGGCUGGCCGGCGAGUCGGCGGAGACCUUCUUCUCGUCCUCGCGAAGCUUCUCCUCCGACUCCUCCGAGUUCUACACCAAGAAACAGAAGAAGAAGACGACGACUACGGCGAAGACCAAACCCCCUGCAGCGUCCUCCGGCAGUAGCAAGCCGCACAAGCCACCGAGAGCACCGACGACGACGAAACCGGGCCAUGGUCGCCAGAGCCAGGUCCAUCCCGCCAGCGCCAGGCGUCAGCGCCAGCACCGGCGCGCGGCGAGCAGCUGCGACACGUGCGGCGUCCGCGACGGGUUCCGCCCCGUGGUGUCGGCGGCGGAGGAGCAGGUGCGCAGGGGGUUCGCGGUGGUGAAGCGCUCCCGGGACCCGUACGCCGACUUCCGCUCGUCCAUGGUGGAGAUGAUCGUGGGGCGGCAGCUGUUCGGCCCGCCGGACAUGGAGCGCCUGCUGCGCUCCUACCUCUCCCUCAACGCGCCGCGCCACCACCCCGUCAUCCUCCAGGCAUUCUCCGACAUCUGGGUCGUCGUCCACGGCGGCUAG